AUGCCAGAGGGUCCGAGUGCAGAGGGUCCCAGUGCAGAGGGUCCCAGUGCAGAGGGUCCGAGUGCAGAGGGUCCCAGUGCAGAGGGUCCCAAUGCAGAGGGUCUGAGUGCAGAGGGUCCCAGUGCAGAGGGUCCCAGUGCAGAGGGUCCGAGUGCAGAGGGUCCGAGUGCAGAGGGUCCCAGUGCAGAGGGUCCGAGUGCAGAGGGUCCCAGUGCAGAGGGUCCCAGUGCAGAGGGUCCGAGUGCAGAGGGUCCCAGUGCAGAGGGUCCCAGUGCAGAGGGUCCCAGUGCAGAGGGUCCGAGUGCAGAGGGUCCCAGUGCAGAGGGUCCCAGUGCAGAGGGUCCCAGUGCAGAGGGUCCGAGUGCAGAGGGUCCCAGUGCAGAGGGUCCCAGUGCAGAGGGUCCCAGUGCAGAGGGUCCCAGUGCAGAGGGUCCGAGUGCAGAGGGUCCCAGUGCAGAGGGUCUCAGUGCAGAGGGUCCCAGUGCAGAGGGUCCCAGUGCAGAGGGUCCCAGUGCAGAGGGUCCCAGUGCAGAGGGUCCGAGUGCAGAGGGUCCGAGUGCAGAGGGUCCGAGUGCAGAGGGUCCCAGUGCAGAGGGUCCCAGUGCAGAGGGUCCCAGUGCAGAGGGUCCGAGUGCAGAGGGUCCGAGUGCAGAGGGUCCGAGUGCAGAGGGUCCCAGUGCAGAGGGUCCGAGUGCAGAGCGACUGACAAACACGUCGACGGUUCAUUUCAACAAAGGACUUUAUAUAUUUUGA